AUGGAGAAUCCAGUCGAGGCAUGGGUUCUCAUGGCCUUGGUCAACAAGGACAUUGACGAUUUCGAUUACAAAAAUGCCUUGUUACUAGCAGAACGAUUGCAUGCACUCGACAAGACCAACGACGAAUACAAAUUUCUUUACGCGAAAUGCUUGUUUCUAUUGAGCGAUUACAACGGCAGCUAUUCUGUGCUCAAAACGGCAAAUUCAAUACCAUGCCGAAAUCUAUUUGCAAAAAGCUGUCUUGAACUGGGGAAUCAAGAACAAGCAGGAGAAUCCAUGGAACCGCGACAGGCGUUUUGGCGUGAAGGUGUCAAGGCUUUAACGACCGCCCUGGAUAUGCAUAAACGCGACUUUUCUGACGUACAUUAUUGGGGUGACGACUUGGCAAGCGUAAUGACACGAAGCCAUAUGCCAAGUAGAGGAUCCAUGGGCAAUCUACUGGGUGAACUCUAUGCCAAACUGGAAAAUAUCCAAGGAGCAGCACACAAGCUCUGGGAUAGUCUCGCUGACAAUCCAUUCAAGUUAUCAGCUUAUACCGCAUUAUGUGAUAUCGCACCGGAUGUGAUCGACUUUAAAGCGACAGCUGCUCUACCAAACGAUAUCUUUAAAGACUUCUCUGCCGACACAGUCCAUCUCGAGAAGAAACGCUCACAACCAUUCACAACAACACCAGCAGCACAGCAACAAUUACCUCGACCACCUUCAACAUCUAUUGUUGGCAUCACAUUCAAGGAUCCACAGCCAUCAAUAAGAUCAGAAUGCGAACCGUAUAUGCCAUCUCUCCGUCAUGAUUAUCAAGACGUAUCGUUAGAUCAGCUGCGAUUCCUCGUAUUCUUUUCGCAUAAACUGAAAGACAGUGACAUAACCGAUAUCGAGCCACAGCGUCAUAUAGAAAAAAGAAAAGACAUGGAGAUGGACAUGGUGAAACAAGAUAUCGAUAAAAUGAAAGCAGAAGAAGCAUACAAGAACAAGCAUGGUCUACACAAAAAGCCGCCAGCGGAGAAACCACAGCAUUUACAUGUUGAUCUAAUGCCUGGAGCGGAAGCGGGUUUAGCCACCACCGAUGACGACGAUACCCCACAAAAACAUGAAUUAGACACUUUGGGCGCUACUUUAAGCAGCAUGAUCGUCGUGAAACAACAACGUAAGAAAAGAAAAAAGAAAAAGAAGAAGGGUCGUUCAUAUUUUGGAUUGACAACAGCAACAGAUGAUGAUACACAAGCUAUUGGCAACAAUAACAGCAGCCAUGGUGCCAUUAUUCUCGAAGCCAUGAACCGAACGAUCGGGGUAUUGCGCGUCCUUGCUAACGGCUACAUAUACCACUCCUUCUAUCGAUGCCGAGAAGCAGCCUUGGUCUUGCAAGAGUUGGAUGAUGCGCAAUAUGACACCGCACGAGUACUGUGCAUCCUUGGCAAAGCCUAUUAUGACGCGGGGGAUUACCAAAGUGCACGCGUAUUUUUCCGACGGGCAUUUUGGCUAGCGCCGUGGUUCUGUGAUGGCGUGCCUAUCUAUUCGACCUGCUUGUGGUAUCUGGAGAAUGAGCUGGAGCUGAAUUUGCUGGCGUACAAGAUGAAGCAAAAUCGAUCUCAUCGCUAUGAAGCUUUUAUUGCGGCUGGUAAUUGGAGCAAGUGUGCCAAAGGAGGCAACGAGGCUUCCAAGUGGUUCCAAAAGGCGGUCGAGUAUGAUCCUUCCCGGUCGUAUGGCCAUGCCUUGCUGGGCUACGAAGAGUGGGAGAAGGGCAAUUGCUUGGGUGCCAAACUGCACUUUGCCAAUUGCAAGAUGGCAAACAGGCGAUCCUAUCUUGGAUGGUACGGGUUAGCAUCAGCAUACCAGGGAAUGGAACAAUUUGUACAAGCAAAAGGACUCCUAAAUGAAGCUGUGCGACUGCAUCCGUGCCACCCGGUUCUACUAGGCACCAUGGCUGAGGUAACGGGCUGA